AUGAAGAAAGAUGCUCCUUUCCACUGGGACCAAUCAUGUCGAAAUGCCUUUGAAAGCAUCAAGAGAUACUUGAUGAAUUCACCUGUAUUAGGGGCACCAAAUCUUGGAAAGCCAUUGAUACUGUACAUUGCAUCGCAAGAGCGAUCACUUGGGGCACUUCUUGCUCAAGAGAAUGAAGCUAAGAAGGAACAAGCAUUGUACUAUCUGAGUCGAACCUUGAUAGGAGCUGAGUUGAAUUAUACUCCCAUUGAGAAGAUGUGCUUAGCAUUGCUUUAUGCGAUAAGAAAAUUGAGGCAUUAUUUUGAAGCGUACACUAUCAAGCUAAUUUCUCGGGCUGAUCUUGUAAAGUUCGUAAUGACUCGACUAGUUCUCUUAGGACGUCUAGCAAGAUGGUCUAUAUUGUUUAAUCAAUAUGAGAUCAUUUACACACCUCAAAAGGCUGUGAAGGGGCAAACACUUGCUAAUUUCCUUGCUGAUCACCCUCUUUCAGGAAAAUGGGAAACUUCAGAUGAGUUCCCUGAUGAAAAUGCAUUUCUUACUGAAGAGCUGCCAGCAUGGACAAAGUUCUUUGAUGGAUCAGCACGUCGAGAUGGUGCAGGGGCGGGAGUCGUGUUGAUAUCUCCAGAACAACUAAUCCUACCAUUUUCAUUUGUUCUAGGUGAAACUUGUUCCAACAACGCCACAGAGUACCAAGCUUUGAUUGUGGGCCUUGAAAUGGCAUUAGUUAUGAAGAUUCCUCAAUUGGAUGUCUACGGUGACUCUCAAUUGAUCAUUAAUCAACUCUCGGGGAGUUACGAGGUAAAGAAGGAAGAUCUUUUGUCAUAUCUCCAAUAUGCUACUUUCUUACUUGAAAGGUUUGAUCAAGUGUUCUUAAAUCACGUCCCAAGAGAGGAAAAUCGAAUGGUAGAUGCUUUGGCUAACUUGGCUACAACAAUGUCACUCGGAGAAAAUGAGACAACAAAAGUGCGUAUAUGUCAUCGAUGGGUUAUUCCUGGUCGUCUUGAUUUUCAAAUCGAUGAAAGCCAUCAUAUAUCAGUUCGAGUGGUUGAAGAAGAAGAUUGGAGAAAACCACUGGUUGAGUAUCUUGAACAUGGAAGACUGCCUGAGGAUCCACGAGUAAGAGCAGACAUUAAGAGAAGAGCACCAGGAUUCAUCUUUCACGAUGGGAUACUGUUUCGUCGUUCUUAUGAGGAACUAUUCUUGCGGUGUCUUGACAAAGUAGAAGCUCAACAAACAAUGGAUGAGGCACAUUCUGGCACAUGUGGAGCACACCAAUCAGGGCCUAAACUUCAUUUUCGCAUCAACAGGAUGGGCUACUAUUGGCCAACAAUGGUGAUGGACUGCUUAGGGCAUGCAAAAAAGUGUCAAGCGUGUCAAUUCCAUGCUAAUUACAUCCAUCAGUCUCCAGAGGCUUUGCAUCCGACUGUAGCCUUAUGGCCCUUCGAUGCAUAG